AUGCCUGCACAUUCCUCACAUCUCUUGCAGCCUCUUGAUGUCGGGUGCUUUUCGCCGUUGAAAACCAUAUACGGCCGAAAGGUUCAAGAGAAAAUGCUCGCUGGGAUCCAUCAUAUCGACAAGCAGGACUUCCUUCCCAUGUACUUAGACGCUCGCCGACAAGCACUUUCGCCGUCGAAUAUCCGAAGCGGAUUUAUGGCAACAGGCCUUUUUCCGUUUGACCCAAACAGAGUAUUAUCGCGGUUACAAGUUCAGGUUGACAAAGUCGGUAACGAUCACGGCGACAAGAAUACUCCAAGUCCCAACAAGAGCCUGGAAGCAGCCAAGACUCCGCAUAACGUCAACCAGCUUACCACUCACGCCGAAAGGCUUCUUCAACGCCGGCCACAAAAUACAGACUCGCCAGUUUCACAAGCUAUCAACCAGCUUAUCAAAGGAUGUCAAAUGGCCAUGCACAGCGCCGCCCUCCUUGCCGACGAAAACCGGCAACUUCGGUCAGAAAACCAGCGGCGAAAGCAGAGAAAAGAACAGCGCCGUGAAUACAUUGGCGACGGCGGUACUCUAUCGGUUGCAGAGGGCACGGUUAGGAUAAAGCAACGGAGAGAAGAAGAAGAAGAGCGGGUUAAGCGACGGAGAGUGGAAGAAGAGGAGAGGACUAAGCGCCGGCGAGAGAAGGACGAGGAGCGGGCCAAGCGACGACAAGAAGGAGAAGAGCGGGCCGAGCGACGGCGACAAGAGAACGAGGAAUGGUUCAAGCUACGGCGAGAAAAGGAAGAGGAGCGGGUCAAGAAACAGAGAGCAAAGGAAGAUGAGCGGGCCAAGCGACGGCGGGAAGAAGGGGAGCGGACCAACGACUUAUAG